AUCUUAUGCUGUGGUCAGAUAUUCUCAUUCUGUUAAUGAGUAGAUCUGAGUAGUUGUAGGUGAAACCAUGCUGGGAUUCUUCUGUGCCUGUGGUUAUGCACUAUUGGUAUCUCGAGGGCGUGUUUCAAUAUCUAGGCUUGAUAUCAUCAGUCUCAUAGACCAUUUCUACUUUCUCAAGAGCAAUGUGUCUUCCUACUCACCUUUGAUUCUUUAUCAAUUUCCGAUACAGAAGAUUCAGGAUUGAUGUGAUUCGCUGUGUAGCUUCAAGCUUCUGGUGGUACCUCCAAUAGCAACCCGAUAACCUGUAGACCCCACUUCUAGAGUCAGGACUACAACAUUUUUCAUAGAUUGGCUGCUCUCUCACAUUCAGCAUAAGAACAAACAUAUCUUCCUUGUAGUUCAUAGGAUAGAAGGCACAGGAGUAAGGACGCUCCAGUUGCAUCUCGUGUGUAAUUAAAUCAAGCCAGCAGUAGUUGCCACAAUGUUUUUUAGAAUUCUUCAUCUGUGAUUUUUAUUGUUUGUCUGUAUCAAUGCGCUCCAGGCGGCGCGUACGAUCCCGCCGGAUGAUGUGUGGCCAAUUAUAAUUAUCGUCACCUUGAUGCGUACUUGUUGUCAGAAAAGUUUUUAUCAUAAUAUGGAUAAGGGUAUGCAACAAGUGAUUAAUAUAGCAAGAGCAUAGAAUAAGAUCACGAGAAGGUAGUCUUGUUUGUUCCACUACUCCGCACUUAACUUUUUAGCGUGAUCCCUUCUUGUUAGUAUGCUCAGAAGAAUAUUAUCUCUUUUUUGAUCUUGUUGAUGAACCUGAGCUUAGCGAAUUCUCAUCUACUGCUGCUGCUCCUCAUCUCAUUUCAAUAUUUUUCGUGCUAUUCGUACAUCGACGCUCAGCCGUUCUUCAAUCAUUUUUCCUUCUAGUACUAGAACACGUUUUGGAAGUAUAUCGUAAUUGCGAAGUUUUGCCCUUCUCACGCCGAUCAUGUUCGCUGCAUCAAGGAGAAUGCGUGGUGGCGCUUCGGCAUCACGUGGUCUCGCGGCAAGCGUCACAGGAUCGAGAAAGUUCCAGAAUUUUGCAACCUUUUCAACAGUAGGCCCUAAUGGGCAUGGCGAUGGCUGUCCGUGUUGUGCCGCGAAGGCCGCUGCUCCUGGUGCUGUACGAACAGCUACUCACGCAGACACAAGUAACACACUGCCGGCAGGAGGCGCAGGCACUUCUUCUUCCUCGUUGUUUCCUAGGCUUGGCAACAAGCCGAGCUUGCUCUCGUCGGCGCGUGGGCGAAUUGGACACACGGCAGGCACGACAGAUCUUCUGCUGGGAUCCUCGCAUCAGCACAGCACGAGAGCAAUCGCCAGUGCGGCAACGGCGGCACCCAACAUGGCCAUGAAGACUCUGGCCAAACUACACCCAGAAACAGGCAUUUGGAUGGACGAAAAGCCCAUUCCGAAACCCGGUUAUAAUGACGUCUUGAUUCAGGUACUGUACUUUCUAAAGUCGCAAGCUUUCGUCGAUUUCACAGCUACUUCUUCUACUAUGUAUUAGGUUUAUUUCACAGUUCACAAUUAAUUUAGUAUUCCUUUGCAGUGGUUUAAGAACUCGAAGUUAGACUGUGUGUGUGUCUGAUUGUGUCUAAGUAAACAGGGUCGUUAACCAGCAGCAGCACAAGAACUAGAAGUAGUUUUUCAUGCAUCUCCUCCAUCACUAUCUCUCGUGAUAGUAUAUUAUCCAAUCAAUGUUGAAUCAGAUUAAGAAGACAGCCAUUUGCGGGACGGACGUGAGUAUUUACAAGUGGACACCGUGGGCGCAGAAUACUGUACCGGUUGGAAUGACGGUGGGGCACGAAUACGCAGGAGAGAUUGUCGACAUGGGUGAGGGUGUGCGCUCACGCGGCGGACUAUUACAUUAAGGACUGACUAUUGAAGGACGGAUAAAACCACAAGAACUUUUACUAAACAAAGUAAGCCGAAAAAGCACUUGUCUUACGGCUGUCUUCAGCGUGACAUAUUUUCUAUCUGUCUCGACAAAGUCAAUUUCAAUUUGAGACAUUGAGCCGUCGGAGAUGACGCGGCCCUUCGCCUGAUCUGCAGUUUUACUCCAGCACCUUAUUUUUGAAAACUAAGAUAAAGUAAAUGAGAUGAAAAUCGAUUUCUCAAGUUUUCAUACAUAGCAGAUAGAUAGUAUAACCUUACCUUCUUUCAAUCAAACACUUGUAGGACAAACAUUUUCCAACGCCACACUUACACUUGGGAAACUGAGGUGAACAAAAAUGAAGGCUACAUAGUGUAGAACACUACACUCGCGCAAAGUGCAGCAGCUGAUAGUUCUGAGUUCUAGGCUCAGCCUGUUUUUCGUUUGCUGUAAAAAGAAUAUCAGUGCUGUGGUCUUCCUCUGUCCACCUUAUCAUACGUAGCAGAUGAAUGUUGUAAAUUUGUAAGUAAGCAUUUUGAUUUUCUAACUCGAGAUAGGGAUGCGAGUAUCGGGGGAGGGUCAUAUCACUUGUGGCGUAUGUCGCAAUUGCCGCGCCGGUCGUCGCCACCUGUGUCGGAAUGAGCACGGUGUUGGUGUCCACAUUCAAGGCGCUUUUGCAGAGUACCUUUCUCUUCCAGCAGAAAACGUCUUUCCGAUUCCAGACUCGAUUUCGGACAAUGUAGCUUCGUGCUUUGACCCACUUGGCAAUGCUGUGCACACCGCGCUUUCCUUCAACCUCGUAGGGGAGGAUGUGCUCGUGACCGGUGCAGGCCCGAUCGGAAUCUGGGGAGCCAUGCUGGCUAAAAGAGCAGGGUACUUCUACUUGUUGUGCAAUGAAAAUGAAAUGCAAUUAUAGGCACAUUGUUUUAUAUGUAGCCAUUCUCAAUAAAUCGUCUUCAUCCUGCUAGAAGUAGCUUUGGCGUUGAACGAGAGAACGUGUAGACAGUGAUAUAUCUAAAUGAGGAGCUACGGUCGGACGACGCUCACUAGUGCUUCUUCCAAGUUUUUCCAGAACUGAUCCUUUUCAGCGCCCGGCGCGUCGUAAUCACGGACGUGAACGAGUAUCGGCUUGACUUGGCUCGAUCGAUGCCGCAGAUUGACCGUGUGGUAAACGUUUCAAAGGAAGACUUGCGUAACGUCACAUUCGACGAACUUGGCCUGAAGGAAGGCUAUGACGUUGGCCUCGAAAUGAGCGGGUCGGCACCGGCAUUCCGCAACAUGGUGGAGUUACUCAAUAACGGCGGAAACCUGGCGCUCCUUGGUCUAGUCCCUGACGACACGCAGAUUCCCUUUAUGAAAACAAGGACCACCAUCACCGAAAGCAUCAUUUACAUUUUCGUGACUGAUUAAUGAUAGUCUCUUGCUCAGACUCUUCUUUGCUCAAUAAAAUACGAGGACAACUUGUAGACCAGUCCAAUUUCAAAGUUAAGUUGCAACUCCAUAUCAUCUAUACCUAAGACGGAGAUCGAUGCUUGUUUGUCGUUGGUGUAGAUCUGUAAUUUUAUCGUCCAAUAGUGCACUUGUUCCAGGCCUAGUGUCCGAAACGUUGAAUGGAUAUGACGACUGCAAUAUGAGGAUCUUCCAUCCGAAUAGAUUUAUGACCAUUUAUGAUAAGCUUGAGCACUCGCUUCUCCCCUGCUCCUCCUUGUCCUCCUCAAUUCUGCCGCUUUUCAUAUUAUGGUCGCAGCUUAUCUUCAAGGGUCUCGUUGUGAAAGGCGUCUACGGCCGCGAAAUGUACGAAACUUGGUAUAAGAUGAUGGCGCUGGUCGACUCUGGGUUUGAUCCUACGCCGGUGAUUACGCAUCACUAUUAAGGCUCAUGCUAUCAAUUCAUUCCCAUUCCCAUAAUGCUAGAGUGUUUCAUGUUCAUUUAUCCCAUAGAGUGCUUCAACAUCUUCAGACUCCUCAACAAGGAGAUGGAAAUCAUCCCACAAACAUGAACUGAUGCACUUAGGAAUGUAUUAUCGCGAGACUGAGCUCUAACACUACAAGCUCGCAGACUACGCAGAGGCGUUCGAUAAGGCUGUGGGGUCUAAUAGCGGAAAAGUUAUUCUCGACUGGGAAGGCAACACACCCUAGAUUGAUGAUCUAGAGGUUCUACAAGUAGAAUUCUGAUCCUAGUUUCUUUAAUGCUCUUGCCCCUUCUUAAACUAUGCAGAAGCUUUUUUUACCAAUGCCAGUCGUACUACCCCUGAUGCUCCUGAUGCUCAACAUUAAUUGUGUCGAUACUAUUCAUUCUCAAUCUCAUAGGCAGGCUUGACGUGUCUAUUUCUAUUCAACGUCGGCCUACUUGCCUGUUUGAAGUGCAACGCUACCACGUAGGCAUGUUUGCUCUACUUCAGGAAGCCCUACAGUUCCUUGCCAGCGCGCAGUCCUGUAGGUGGCAUCUUGACCCGAGGCUCUUGUUUGUUUUGUUCUGCAAUGUACCUUCUAGUUCUACCUUCAGGCUUUCAUCGAUCAGUAUGGCACCCGUUGUCUACACAGCUUGCACUCAUCUCGUAUUGGAUUGGGACGAAGGGAAUAUAUUAUUAUCUUUGUCUACUAGUUCUUCUUGAUCUUCAUGUCAUUGAAUCUGAUACCGUAUUCGUUCUUUGAGUCUUUUAUUUUUAUCUUCUUAGUAUUAAUUUCAAUUUCUAAUUCUAUCCAGUUCGCCGUUUGUUUUUACUAUUUCUAUGUUGUAUUGUCUGUCGCAGCUAGAGCUAACCCGAUUUAUGCGACACUAAAAAAUGAAUAAGAAAUUCAGAUUUGUACUACAUAAAGAGUCACCAGAUUGUUGUAAUGCUGGAUUUUUUAAUUUUUAUCGUUGAUUGACAUUGAUCCAGGCAGGUAAUCACUAUCUUGUCGGCUUUCCAUCACAGUGUAAUUAUAUGAAAUGAACAAAUUUUUAUUUUAGGGAUCAAGAUCAUGUAUCCAGUCGAGUGUUCUAAUUGUAUAAGUGAUUAUGUGAAGAACACUCACGGUGGAGAUAAAUCUUCAGGUCGUUCAUUUUCGGCACUUUUUUUCUCUGCGUCUUCUUGAACUCCAUGGCCAUGUCCCAGAACAGACGCAAGUCUUCGCCGCACUCGGACACUAACUUGGCGACUACAUACACGCACGUACCGCUUCGUAGGUCGACUCGGUCAAGUAUUUUAGGACAAGAAAUCCUCUAUUAGUCAUUAUUCUUCAUUCUUAUAAUCCUCCAGCCUCAUUUGCCAGAUGAAUCAAAAAAAUUGUAGAUGGCGG